AUGGAUCUAAUUGCCUUGGAGGAGGAAGGAAUGAAGAUGUUCCAAGCUCAAGCUCACAUAUGGAAUCAUAUGUUUAGCUACGUUAGGUCCAUGUCUCUUAGAUGUGUAGUCCAACUAGGUAUACCAGAGAUUGUUAACAACAACCAUAACCAACCCAUUACACUCUCAGAGUUGGUCACCAAGCUUGCAAUCCCUCACCAGAAAACUGAUCACCUUUAUCGUCUCAUGCGCUUAAUGGUGUACUCUGGCUUCUUUGCUCUACGAAAAGUUCAUGAAGAUGAGCAAGAAGAAGGGUACGUUCUCACACCAUACUCAAAGUUCCUCUUAAAGGAUAAUCCCACCAGUAUGUUGCCCUUCUUCUUGGUAGAACUAGAUCAAGUUCUCAUGAAACCAUUUAAUUUAAUGAGUGAGUGGUUCAAAGGGAACGAUGUGACACCAUUUGAAACCACCUACAAGUGUUCUAUGUGGAACUACGCUAAUGAAAAUCCCAACUUCAAUGUUGCCUUCAAUGAGGCUAUGGCUAGUGACUCUAUAAUUGUGACAAGACUACUUGUCACAAAGUGUAAGGUGGUCUUCCAAGGGUUAGGGUCACUUGUAGACGUGGGGGGUGGCACAGGAACUACAACCAAGGCCAUUGCCGAGACAUUUCCAGACUUGAAAUGCAUAGUUUUUGAUCUGCCACAUGUAGUUGCUGACUUGGAAGGGAAUACUAAGAACUUGGACUACGUUGGAGGGGACAUGUUUGAUAGCAUUCCUAAAGCACAAGCGGUUUUGCUCAAGUGGAUCAUACAUGAUUGGAACGACGAAGAAUGUGUUCAGAUACUGAAAAGAUGCAGAGAAGCCAUUAACUCUAGAGAUGAGGGAGGUAAAGUGAUAAUCAUUGACAUAGUAGUGGAUGACAAGCAGCAACAAGGAGAAAACAAAUCAAUUGAAACACAACUUUUCUCUGAUAUGGUGAUGAUGGCUCAUGUCGGUGGAAGAGAGAGAACUGAAAAGGAAUGGGAAGAGCUAUUCAUCCAAUCUGGUUUUAGCCACUACAAGAUAGCUCAUGUUCUUGGUUUGAGAUCCCUCAUUGAAGUUUAUCCUUAA